AGACUCGCUAGGUUUGCCAAACCAAUUCCCCAAAGGGGUCCUUUCUGGGACUCAACCAAACCCUAGCACCCUCUCUUCAUUCUUAUUUCCCCCAAACAAACAUGUCUUCCUCGUCCUCUCGUGAAAAGUCACGUGGACCUGUUCUACGUUCACUUUCACCCUCUGGUAGAUUUUGUUCCUAUACAACUUCAAGUUCCCCUUUCUCUACACCUUCAUCAGCUUUCGCUUCUUCCACCAACGCUAGCUUUUCAUCUCACUCGUCCGCUUUUUUUACCCAUGACCAUCACUACCAUCAUCAUCAUCAUAAUAGUCAUCACCGUUCAGCUUCACCCACACGUGUCAAUCUAUACAGCAAUAACCCACUUUCAUCUGGAGUCCGGUUUUCAAUCGAUUCCCGGUCCAUCUCACCGAACCGGCCAAUUUCGAAUCAAAUCAUUACCACGAAAAAGAACCGUCCAAUUUCGGCUCAGAAAAAGACGUGUAUGUGUUCACCAACGAAUCAUCCCGGUUCGUUCCGAUGCAGUCUCCACAAGAACAACGGAAACAACAACAGCGCAGAUUCGUAUCCUUCGAAUCGUCUCAACAUGCGUAGAUCGGCGAUGAAGAAUUCGCUUGUCAGGAUCGGUGGCGUUGAAGGUGAAUGGGUGAAAAGAGCUUUAACUGCAUUGAUUCGACCUUCUUCGCAUCAACAGAGGAGGAGAUCGGCAUUCGAGCCAAGACCUAGUCGUCUCUCCGUCAUGUCCAAGGCUGAAGAUCUUUGAAUUUUGCCUGUUUUUCAUUUUUCAGGUUCGAUCCUGUUAAUCACGCUUUUGCGGUGGUGCUGUUCCCCCACUGCGUCGAUUCGCCGCCAGAUUGAUACAUUCCAGCGAAGAUGUUAGGUAAAAGCGUGCCCUCUCCGGCGAGUUUUGGUUAAAUUGAAGAAUCAGAUAGCGGCAACAACCGUAGAAGAUUUUCUGCAUAGAUCUUAUUGAGAUUGGACACUUCAUCACUAUUGCAUUUUGUACAUAAACAUUUGCUAUGGAAGCUGAGAAUUUUGGACCUUUUUUAUUAAUUUUUCCAGUCACUGAAAA